UUUGCAGAAAAUCAGUAACGUUAACAUGCCGACUCGCAUGCUAGUUAGCACUUGAGUUGAUUGGUAUGAUACUGGCAAUUGGAGUCAUCCUUAGUAAUACAAUGGCAAUUGGAGAUAUCCUUAGCUGACAGCCUUGAGAGGAUCAUGGUGGUCAACCUUUGCCAGCCACCCUUUCAGACCACUGUUCAGUGCAAUAAGCUGUGUGCCGAUGGCUAUGACGUCUCCAACCUGCUCUCUGAGGACCCCGCCCUCCGGAGGCGUGGCUUCAAACUGGAGUACUUCCUGCGGCCGCCGGUCCAGGUGACGCUGGGGUUCCGCUGGCAGGUGGAGGUGUGCCGGGUGGAUGUGGAGCUGUGGCCGGAGGGCAUGGACCAGGGCGGCGCCACCCGCAAGGUGGAGGUUCACAGCAGCUCGGAGGCCGACCCCGAGCCCACCCAGGGCCACUUCCUCCAGGUGGGUCGGUGUGAGAUGCGGGAGGGGGUGCAGGUGUGCUUCCGUGCCCCCCGAUUUCGCCAUCGAGCGCCUUUCCCUCACCCGCCCCCGGCGCCCUCCCCCGGCGCCACGCACUCUGACCUCUGGAGCCGGGGGCUGCAGUCCCUGGGCAGCGUGGCGCGGCUGCGUCUGAGCAUUCCGUUCAGCAGCGCAGGCUCGCAGCUGGGGUUCAAAGCGCUGUCCGUGUGGGGGCUCCCCGCUCGCUCCUGUCCCCCUGAAGCCCUGGAGGAGUUCCAGAGGGCCCACCGCCCCCCCCUGGCACCCACAAAACCUCUCAUGCCUCCCAACCCGCCUGCCUCUGCCCCCACCCACCCCUCUGAUCUUGCCACCGACCCAGAUGAUGCCAUCCCCGAGGAGUUCCUGGACCCCCUGACCCAGGAGCUGAUGGUCCUGCCCAUGGUUCUGCCCGGCGGGGCGGUGGUGGACCUCAGCUCCCUGGAGGAGUACCAGCGCCGCGAGGCCACCUGGGGGCGGUUGCCAAGCGACCCCUUCACCGGCGUGCCCUUCACAGCGGACUCUAAGGCCCUGCCGUGCCCGCUGCUGAAGACCCGCAUUGAUCAGCUGAUCCUCCGGAGAGGCGGGCGGCCGGGCGUCUGUGGGGGCAAAGAAGGUGGCGCCACCCUGGGCCCGCAGGCUUCCAGGCUUAUCCCUCAGACCCCUGCCCUGGCACAGACCCCUGCCCUGGCACAGACCCCUGCCCUGGCACAGACUCCUAAACCGCCACAGGUGCCCGAGACAGCCCCCAGGUCCCUGACCUCACACGCCCCACCCAGCUGUCCUCCAGGUAACGCUGCUGUGGACACCCACACGUCCACCUUCACUAACGGGGCGCCCAGUUACCAAGGCCUGGGUGGGGGUGGGGGUGGGGGGGGGACCCCAGCCCUGAGGAGGAAGAGAGGGCUGGACGCUCCAACUCCAGAUGUGGACGAACAGAGGGAUGGGCGCUCCGAGGCUGACAGGACGUCUCCAAGAGCAGAGAACACACUGGAGCCACGCAAGAGAACAAGAGCAGACCAGCAAACACACUCCACAGGCUCCCACGAGGAGCGUCUGUCUGCCAGUCUGGACGCGGCUCUGAGCUGUGCUCUGCAGGGGCGCCCCUCCUACACCGGCCAAAGGAGGGCGCCGGCCCACACCCCACACACAGGCGAGGACCAGUGUGCACUUUGCUCGGUGUCUCUCACCCGCUACCCGACCAGUCCCACUGCCUACACGCUUCCAUGCAGGCAUCUCCUCUGCCGCCCAUGCCUCACCCGCAAGACUCCAUCAAAUGCCCGAGGACCCCAGAUCAUCUGCCCAACCUGCGGCUCUGCUGCCCCAGCCAGUGCAGUGACACGUGUGCACCACUGACCACUGGUGACCACUGAUGGCCACUGGUGACCACGGCACAAAAUGGACGCCUGUCGGACCUAAACACACACUAAGGCCACGGCACAAAAUGGACGCCUGUCGGACCUAAACACACACUGACGGCCACGGCACAAAAUGGACGCCUGUCGGACCUAAACACACACUGAGGCCACCGCAGGUCACUGGCAAGACUCACUGUAAAGUACAGUGUGGAGUUCUGGCAGAGAGCGGCGUCAUCUGUGCCUCAACGUGAGCUUCUCAGGAUGUUUCUUGAGGAUGGUUGAAUGUUUUCUCAUCCGAUACACAUCCGGUGCAUUUUCACAUCCGUGACGUACGUUCUCCACCGCCAUCACGUGGAACGCCCGCUGCAGUCAUUAAAUGGCGCACCUCUGGUCAUGUGGCCCAGGGCUCAGGCUGGGGGACCUUGGAGAGUGGAAAUGAAAAUGUUUGCAAGGACUUCAGAGAGAGAGAGGAGUAGGAGGAGGAGGAGGAGGAGGAGGAGGAGGAGGAGAGCUUGAAAGAGAUGAAGGGGAGUGUGCUGCUGAGAGGCCCAAGGCUGCAUGUCACUGUGUGAAAAGAGAGAAAGAAAGAAAGAAAGAAAGGAAGAAAGGAAGAAAGAAGGAUGGAGGGUGAGAAAGGAAGGAAGGCACAGUCCCGGCCGCUGGAGGUCAGAACCGUGUGUGUCGUGUUCCCCACCUCCGUGUGUGUCGUGUUCCCCCCUCCACUGGGGCAGAACCGUGUGUGUCGUGUUCUCCAGCUCCACUGGGGCAGAACCGUGUGUGUCGUGUUCUCCAGCUCCACUGGGGCAGAACCGUGUGUGUCGUGUUCUCCAGCUCCACUGGGGCAGAACCGUGUGUGUCGUGUUCCCCACCUCCACUGGGGCAGAACCGUGUGUGUCGUGUUCUCCAGCUCCACUGGGGCAGAACCGUGUGUGUCGUGUUCUCCAGCUCCACUGGGGCAGAACCGUGUGUGUCGUGUUCCCCACCUCCACUACUGGGGCAGAACCGUGUGUGUCGUGUUCCCUCCUCCGUGUGUGUCGUGUUCUCCACCUCCACUGUGCAAGGGGCUCCUUUGGGCACAUAAGAUGUGUGAGCAGGAAGUGCCAGACAUGGCUUCCUCAUCCCCUUCUUCCCUCUGUCUUUGUCCACUCACUGCUACACUAUCUCUCUCUCUCUCUCUUUCUCUAUCU